ACUCCCAGCAUGGUUACCUUCGAGGACGCUCAACUCAAACAGCAAUUUUUUGAUUUGUCCAAAGCAUACGACUCAAUAGAUACAAUAUAUCUCUUACAAAAACUUGAAUGUUAUGGUGUAAGAGGAAAUGCAAACAAAUGGUUGAAAUCAUUUGUAACUAACAGGAAACAGAGAGUAACUAUCACUCAAAAUAAUGUAACUGCCAAGUCUAAAAUAUUAACUCGCUCCACAGGAAUUGACCAAGGAAGUACACUCGGAGGUAUUUUGUUCAUUAUAUAUCUUAAUGAUCUAGGAGUGUUAUUGUUAAAAAUUCAAGAAUUUGUUGUUAAUUAUGUUGAUGAUACCAGUUUAUUAGUAAAUGAUGUAAAUUUCGAAGAACUAACAAGGAAAGCUGGUCAAUUAUUUCUUAAGUCCAAGGCAUGGUUUGACCAAAAUAAAUUAAUAUUGAAUGAAAGUAAAUCAAAAGCUAUUCUAUUUGAUACAAGCAGAUCACAAAAAGAAAAAUCAAAUAUUAUAAGUUGGCCAGGCUACAGUUUUCAGCUAUCAGAUUGUGUAAAAUUUCUGGGAGUACACAUUGACCAAUUUCUUAAUUGGCGUCAACACACUGAGAUCCUAUCAAUGAAAUUAAGUAGAAUAUGUUUUGCAUUGAGAUCCAUCACUAGAUACAUGAAUGAAAGAACUUUAAAAAUAGUUUAUUUUGGGAAUUUUGAAUCAAAUUACAAUUAUGGAAUAAUAUUUUGGGGAAAUAAUGAAAAUUUAAAUAAAAUAUUUUUGAUACAAAAAAGGGCUUUCCGCAUAGUUUUUAAGUUGAAUUUUAGGGAAUCUUGUAGGGGAAAAUUUAGAGAUAAGAAUAUUUUCACAGUCUUUGGUCUAUAUUUGUUCGAAUGUUUGUUGUUUCUGCACAAAAAUAGGCACAAUUUUGCAGAAGAGAAUUUAAAUUUAUAUAACACAAGAUCUUUAGACAUAAACUUUCCUGCACAUAGGUUAACAUUAACAGAGAAAUGUCCAUCUUAUAUGAGUAUAAGAGCUUUCAAUAAGUUGCCUAAUCAAAUUAAAUGUAUAACAGAUUACAAACUAUUCAGGAAUAGAAUAAAGAAUUUAUUAGUAAUGUUAGAGCCAUAUAGUCUGGCAGAAUAUUUCGAAGGGGUGGUAUAGGGCCUGUAAAUGUAUGACGUCAUUUCACUUAAAUUUUUUCUUUGUAUAACAUUGUAUUUGUUUAUUUGAAAUAAAGAAGCA